AUGCAAAGAUUGAGUUUGACUCAGCGCCUUCAUAUUCUAAAGGCGUUACACGGAUGCUUUAUCCUCACACUUUUAUGCACAGGAAUUGUCGGACUGGUUUUAUUCAGUACGAUUAUUAGUCAACCUAUUCGAAAUUGUCCUAUACUUCAUGCUAUAUACACUGUGUUCUGGCUUUCUCUUGGCCUUUCUAUUCUACAAAUCAUAUUAGCCAUAAUUUUCUUCAUUUGGUUUCUGUUUACAUUUCUUUGUCCUCCAAAAUCAGUGGGUAGUGUUACAAAUUCAAGUCAACCUGGAGUUCAAGCUAAUCAACUAGUUUAUUCAUCGAAUAAUCCAUUUGAUUCUUGUACAACAGCUGUUGGUGUCCACUGUGGUCAAGUUUAUGGACCUUCUUAUUUUUCACGUCCACGUUGUGCAAGUGAUGAUACACUUGAUAGAUCUUCAAGCAUAUGCGACUGUUGUCACUUCAGAAUUGGAUGGUUAUGGUUUGGUUCCAUAUUUCUUGGAAUUUUAUCAGUUGGUUUAAUAUUAAGUUUAAUAUUGGUAGGAAACUUUUUGUCUGAAAUGGAUACACUGUUUAACUCAGAGAUGGCCAGCACAUUUGUAGAGGCCCGUGUAAGCUAUUUUAGUGCCAAGAGUUCUAACAAUGCACUAAAGUGUUGGGACAUAAUACAAAAAACUUUCCAGUGUUGUGGUCAGAUCAAUUACACUGAUUGGAGUUCAUAUGGACAAAGAGAUGUACAGAGUAACGUAGAAACUGCACUACCGAUUUCAUGUUAUUUCACUGAUAAUAUUUCCGUUAAUCGACAUAUUUAUACUUCAGGUUGUUUAGAUCUUAUUACUAAAUCAUUAAAUUUACAAUUGACCACAUCUCGUGUUUAUUUAAUCGUAACAUUUAUUUUACUGGUGGUCACAUUUUUUGUCGAUUUUGGUUACACUUUAUAUGUUGCAUAUACAACUCUUGUUGAAAACUCUGUAAUGGAAUAUGACAGGAGCAAUAUGGAGGGAGUAUGGCAACAUACACCAGAAAAAAUAGCAACGAGAAAAGUUUCCUCGUCAGCCGUCAUCUCCGACCACCAUCAUGAUGAAUUAGAAUCUAUUUCCAGCAGUAAUUCAAGUUCUAUAAUGGUUCAGAAUUCUGUUUAUCAAUCACAUAGGAAUAACUGA